AUGAAUUCAAAAAGAGCAAACAUGGUAGAAUACGGAAUCAUGAACGAGAACACAAGAAAGUUACUGUCAAAGGACGACAGCGCCGAUCGGACCGCAAAAACGGAAGGUGCCUACGACAUGGUGAUGGCAAAGGUAUACAAGGAGCAAAAGAUGAAACUCGGAAAAAUUCUUAAUGAUCACGGUCCCUACGCACCGUACAACAUGAAGAGUGGAUUCGAGUACACGAUAACCCUUCCAAAAGCCGACAAGAUUAUGGUUGCACAGGCAAACGAGAAGGUGGAAGGAUAUACACUGAAGAACAUACACCUGGAAUACGAAACCAUAGAGAACGAAGAACUGGCCAAACGGGUAAACGAAGGAUACGAGACCGGCAGGUCCCUGUCCUAA